AUGUCCACUAUAGAAGAUAUCAUCAAGCUAGUUCCAGCAUUCAAAGAGUCAAGAUUAAAUUCAUUGUACUCCAACUUUCAGAAAAACAAACAGUUGAACCCAGAAGGAUAUCAAGCAAACAUUCGAGCAUGGAAGACCUUAUUCACCAAGAUAAUAACUUCAGACAAAUUUGAGUCAGAGAGUGUCACAUCUAUCCCAACGUACAGUCCCAAUUUGAAAGAGUCUCUCAGUUUGCACCCAUAUAAUGAGCCCCAAAAUUUGAAUAAUAUCUUACAGGAGUUUGUCAAUGACAGGUUCUUAAUCCCCGCGUCACUAUACCUAACAGCCAGAGAAAAUUAUUUCAUUACAAUCAGCAGUCAGUUCAGUAUAUCUCAGUACUUUUCAAUGAAUGCGUGGCAGCAAUGGCGAGCACUAAAAAAUUAUUCUGUUGUGGAACAAGGAAGAUUGGUGGAUGAUCGUUUUAUCUAUUGGGAUGAACUAGUAAGAUUAGGACAAAAAGUUGCCAAAAUAAUAGAAACAAAGGUGAAAGGAGACACUUACUCAAGCACCUUGUUUAACUACAAUUUGCUAUUUGAUGAGUUGUCGAAGUACAUGACAAUCACCCUGGUGGAUUAUAACUUAUUAUUAAAACACCUGUCGCGAGACAUUGGAUUGCUACAAACGAAAGAUGUUAAUGGAAUCGUGUAUAUAAAGAUAUCUCAAAAGGAAAUAAGUCCAGAGGACGAAGCUGUUAUUCAAGUGAAACAGACAAUAAAGAAUCUUGAAACUAGGAUAAAGGAGGUGGAAUCAAAGUUGAGAAGUGUUGAUUUCAGAGCAGUAUUGAGUCUACCCAAGGAUGCUCAAAAGUCAAGCUUGCGACAGAAAAUGGCUAUGAAAGCAAACUUGUUGAAGCUUUUGAAUAGGAAUAUAGACCUUGAGUUGGAAAUGACAACCCUAUUGCAGAAGAUUGACGACGCCAACUUUAACUCAGUCUACUUUUCUGUAUUGGAAAGCAGUGGUAAAACUUUAUCCAAGCUUAACAAUAAGUUGAAGGUAGAUGACCUUGAUCGUGUAAAGACUGACAUUGAUGAGGAAAUAUCAAAGGAAGAAGAAAUCAGCGAUGCCCUUGCUGUUGAAGCAAAUGAUGUAGACGUGGAUGAGGAGUUGAAGAAGAUGCUUGCAGAAGAUAAGGCUGAAAAGGAACCAAAAUCAACUAAAGAAAAGAAAUCUGUUGAGGAGCUGAAUAUGUCAGAAGAAAAAGAACAGGAACUUUUGAGCAAGUUGGAAAACUUAAGCGUUAAAGAUGAUAGAAAGGUGCUUUCACAAGGCGAAUCUUCAACAAAGGAGCAUUCGCAAGUUGAAUCCCAGGAAAAGGUGGCCUCUCUUGAGUAA